AAUCUCAACUUUUGUAGGUUAUUAAUUAUUCAAGGCAUACCUUUAUUGAGGAUAAAUAUUAGUAAAUGAUAAAUACAUUUUUAUCAGAUGGUAAAACUGUAAUGAAAACGCGAAAUUGUUUGUUAUUUUCUGUUAUGAUAUGAAAAUAUAUGACUACAAUAUAAAAAGAAAGGGUGUUAAGUGCUCUAAAGUAUUGAUUUGCGAAUGACUUAGGCGCUUCUAGCAACAAAGAGAGUAUCUAUAUAUUUAGAGACGGCAAUAAGAAGUUAUGGGCUUAGUACAGUCGCUUAUGUGCGCUAUCGUGCUUUGCUUCGAAAGAGUGGUGUCGUGGUUGUGUUGCGCCAUGGUGUUGGUGGUCGUCUUGGUCAUGAUCGUUAUACUGACGCUGUACGGCAUCACACUAGGGUAUCACUACGCACAAAAGGAAAUAGCACGUUUCGCUAUCGGUGAAAGCGGGAAAUCUGGAGGACUUCUCCGCGAAGGGGAACCCCAGCAGGAGCAGGUGGAGGAGCCGCUGGUGCGCCUCGUGGCCGUGAACCGCACGCAGCCGGGGUCAUCUGGCGACGUCCCGGCUGCGUAUGACAGUAGAACAGUGUCAGCGCAACCAAUGUACCUGGACUCAACACCUACACCACUUGUUGUUUUAGAAAGUGAAAGGCCAAUAAAAGAAGUGGAAUUAACUCCUCAUGAGAAGGAAUUAGCGUUGAAAUUGAUCGGCAGAUUUCGACGUAUAAAGAGAAAUAACUAUACAAGUUACUCACCGCCUGCGUCAAGACACGACGACACUGUUACGAUUGCGGCAGCGUAAUACCAGAAUCAUUUAAACGAAGUUUAAAAUGCAAUAUAUUCUAGAUUAUAUAAAUUGUACAUAACUUUGUCUUCGUAUAAAGUUUUGCUACAUUAUGUGAAUUUUUUAACGAAACAAUUUUUAAUCUAUGUGCUAGUGGCAAUGUAAAAGAAUGUGAAAUGGGAAGAUGGACCCUGAUUCU